GGGAUAAAACCUCUUCAGCUGCGCUCUGCCCCGCAGCGCUCCCCGCCGUUCCCAAAUUUGUUGCGGCGGGAGAGGGUCGGAGAGACAAGCAGCGGCGGCGGCGGCGCGUGCUCGGCGGCGGCGAUGAGGAUCGAGGAGGUGCAGUCGGCGGCGAAGAAGCAGCGCAUCGCCACCCACACCCACAUCAAGGGCCUCGGCCUCGACGCCAAUGGGGCGGCGAUAGGGCUGGCUUCGGGGUUCGUGGGGCAGGCGGCGGCGCGGGAGGCGGCCGGCCUGGUGGUCGACAUGAUCCGCCAGAAGAAGAUGGCCGGCCGCGCGCUGCUCCUCGCCGGCCCGCCCGCCACCGGCAAGACGGCCCUCGCUCUCGGCAUCUCUCAGGAGCUAGGUAGUAAGGUCCCCUUCUGUCCUAUGGUGGGAUCAGAAGUGUAUUCCUCAGAGGUCAAGAAAACUGAGGUGCUGAUGGAAAAUUUCCGUCGAGCUAUAGGCUUGCGUAUAAAAGAAAAUAAAGAGGUUUAUGAAGGAGAGGUUACUGAACUUUCGCCAGAAGAAGCUGAGAGUACAACAAGUGGAUAUGGAAAAAGCAUUAGCCAUGUAAUCAUAGGUCUGAAGACUGUAAAAGGGACUAAGCAGCUGAAGUUAGAUCCUACAAUUUACGAUGCUUUAAUAAAGGAAAAGGUGGCAGUGGGUGAUGUUAUAUACAUUGAAGCUAAUAGUGGUGCAGUGAAAAGAGUUGGUAGAUGUGAUUCUUUUGCUACAGAAUACGAUCUUGAAGCUGAGGAGUAUGUUCCGAUUCCCAAAGGAGAGGUCCAUAAGAAAAAGGAAAUAGUGCAGGAUGUUACACUUCAUGACCUUGACGCUGCAAAUGCUCAACCACAAGGAGGCCAAGAUAUUUUGUCCCUUAUGGGGCAAAUGAUGAAGCCACGAAAGACUGAAAUCACUGACAAGCUUCGGCAAGAAAUCAAUAAGGUGGUCAACAGAUAUAUUGAUGAAGGAAUUGCAGAGCUUGUACCUGGUGUUCUGUUCAUUGAUGAGGUCCACAUGCUAGAUAUUGAAUGCUUCUCUUAUCUUAAUCGUGCUCUGGAGAGCCCAUUAUCACCAAUUGUGAUACUUGCGACAAAUAGAGGAAUAUGUAAUGUAAGAGGAACUGAUAUGACAAGUCCGCAUGGUAUACCAGUUGAUCUUCUAGAUCGAUUGGUGAUUAUUCGAACAGAAACAUACGGUCCCACUGAGAUGAUCCAGAUUCUUGCUAUUAGAGCACAGGUAGAAGAGAUUGAGAUCGAUGAAGAAAGUCUUGCAUUUUUAGGAGAGAUCGGACAACAGACAUCUUUGAGGCAUGCUAUUCAGCUGCUAUCACCUGCCAGCGUAGUUGCAAAGGCUAAUGGGAGAGAAAAGAUCAGCAAGGCCGAUCUUGAGGAAGUCAGUGGUCUGUACUUGGAUGCUAAAUCGUCGGCGCGUCUCCUUCAGGAGCAGCAGGAAAGAUACAUCACCUAAGAUCUCUUGCUGUACGACGAUGUAUUUGUCCUUAGUCAUUCCGCUGGAUCUCUGAUAACUUGGUACUAAAGUGCGAAGACUUCUUUAGGGCACUGGAUUGAUUUAUGCGGAAAUGUAGAAUCCGAACUCUGUACUCCCGCCAACCUCUAGAGGAAAACUUGAUUUCGGCAUAUUGCUUGUUCACAUUACUCCUUGCUGAGUAGAUUGCAUAUGAAUUAUCGUGUAUUUUGGUUUCCCAUGCUAA